AGAGCGUUGUACAGUCAUGACGCGAACUUAGUUGUAUCGAAAUAUAAAUCUUUAAAACUCUUUAAUUGGUGUUAGUCGGACGUGAGUGCGGACGAGAGCAAGAGGCGAGAGAGGUCAUUGAAGUGAAAAAAAAUAAUAUAAAUUUAAUUUAUAAUUUUAAAUAAAAUAAGAUUAAUAAUCGAGUAGUGUAUUGUGGCUUUAAUUGUGCUGUUAAUAUUAAAAUGGCGGUUGUCCAGAGAGCUAUACAAGGAUACCAAUAUGUGUUUGAGGAAUUACCCGAUCCUCGUACCAAAGACUGGUGGCUAGUGACAGGGCCUGGGCCUUUGCUCACCAUAUUAGCUAGCUACCUAUAUUUCUGCAUAAAAGCAGGGCCAAAAUACAUGAAGGAUAGGAAACCAUACAAUUUGAAGAAUGUUGUCAUGGUUUACAAUAUUAUGCAGAUAUUCUUAAGUUUAUUUUUAACAAUUAAGGGAUUGAGAUACGUCUUCACGGAGAGCUACAAUAACAAAUGUUACUCCAUCGACUAUUCGAACAAUGCCAAUGCAAUGGACUGGGCUGGAGGCGUCUGGUGGUUUUUCUUCGCAAAGAUCACCGAACUUCUUGACACAGUCUUUUUUGUGUUGAGGAAGAAAGAUAGACAGAUCACGUUCCUACAUUUAUAUCAUCACACGAUAAUGCCUAUCAUUGGAUGGAUUGGAUUGAAAUAUGCUGCAGGAGGUCAAGCGGUACCUGAAGGUUCUAUCAACGCUUUUAUCCACGUUGUGAUGUACACUUACUAUCUCAUCGCUGGCCUUGGACCCCAGUACCAGAAGUAUUUGUGGUGGAAGAAGCACCUUACUACUAUGCAAUUGAUCCAGUUUUGCAUCGUCGUCUACUUGAACGUGAACAGUUUGUCGUCUAGCUCCUGUAACUACCCGAAAUACUUGAGCUGGUUGGUCAUGUUUAAUUGUGUUGCCUUCUUCUACAUGUUUGGCAAGUUCUACUACAAUAGCUAUGUGCGACGAGGAGAAGAAAGACAGAAAACUAUGAAGAGUAACAAAGACUUUUAGUUGAUAAUGUUUCAAUGUAAAUAGUUUCUUUGCCAUUAUUGAAAUAUUGGGAUUAUGGUGAAGGACUAACGUUAAGUCUUAUAGGAUAGCGCCUUAUAAAAUAAUAUUUGACUGAAAGAGAUUUUGCUAUUUCGAUGCAGAAGGCGUUCGAAAAAAGUAUUAUUUGUGAAUUUUGUGCGAAAUUUAAUUAUUUUCUUGAGACAUUAAUACGUUGAACGUAAAAUGAAGUAGACAAAAUAAUAAUGGUAAGAAGCCAUGCCGUUGUGUUUUUAGUACAUGACAUUUCACAUAGAUGGCGCUUUUUGCCUUUCUGUAAAGUAAGUCUCUCAAUGCAAUUUAAUUUGUUGGAUUAUUACUAAAGUAUUAAUGAAUUAUUGUUAUAAACAUGAUUUUAAGAGAUGGGUGUAAAAUAUUUUCUGUAUUUAUUCGUAAUGUAGUUGUAAAUAGACAUAAGUUUUAGAUGAGUAAACAAUAAUAUGAAAAUAACAAUAAA